AUGGAUUAUGAGGAAGCAAUUGCUCUUGUUGCGAAAAUGACGAUUGUUCGCACUUUGAUUGUUGUUGCUUCAGUUUGCCAAUGGAAAAUCUCUCAAAUGGAUGUGAAAGAUACUUUCUUGAAUGGUGACCUUCAUGAAGAGGUUUAUAUGAUGCCUCCCCCGGGUGUUCCUCGUCAUCUUGGUGAAGUUUACAAGCUUCACAAUGCUUUUUAUGGUCUCAAACAAGGACCACAUGCUUGGUUUGAAAAAUUCUCUAUGGAGAUCACUUCUUUGACUUUCUUCCUAGUCACCAUGAUUCGUCAUGAUCAUAAUAGUAUUGAAUCAUUGAAGUCUGAAUUGGCACAUUCAUUAUCUAUGAAAGAUUUGGACAUACUACGUUAUUUUUUAGGAAUUGAGGUAGAUUAUUCUCCAAAAGGUUAUCUCUUAUCUCAAUCUAAGUAUAUUACCGACUUGUUUGAGCAUGCUCGACUAACCAACAACCGAAUUGUUGAUACACCCCUUAAGACCAAUGCUAAAUACUCUUCAUCUGAUGCAUUCCUUUGGAGGAUUCUGGUCUUUAUCGUACCAUUAUUGGCUUAUCUUACUGUAAUUCGCCCAAACAUUGCACAUGCAGUUCAUGUGGUUAGUCAGUUUGUCACUGCCCCUAUUACAGUUCAUUGGGCUAUUUUUCUUCGUAUUCUCAUGUAUCUUCGGGGAACUCAAUUUCAUAGUCUCUUGUUUCCUUCCACGUCUUCAUUAGAGUUGUGCACCUACUCUGAUGCGGAUUGGGCUAGUGAUCCUACGGACCGCAAGUCGACCAUUAGAUAUUGUAUUUUCCUCUAUGAUUCGCUUAUUUCGUGGAAGAGCAAGAAACAAGAUGUCAUCUCUCGAUCUUCUAUAGAAGCUGAGUAUCAUGCCAUUGCUUUGACUACCUAUGAAAUUGUUUGGUUAGGCUGGUUACUUACUGAUAUGGGCAUUUCUAUUACUCACCCUACUUUACUACACUGCGAUAAUUAG